GGUCGGUGACGAUUUUAAGCGACGGACCGCGGGUGCUGCAGCUUCCCAACCGAGUCCAGUGGGAAUAAUAAAAGUUAUCCAGGACGCAUCAAUCCAUUUAUUAACUCCACAGUACUGGCUAGAGACACGGCCAAGCAACAGAAGCAGCACGACCGGAGUGGACCAAACACACGCUCUUUAUUGUUGCCUGCGCUUGUUAUCAAUGCAAAACUAAACAGAUAAAACUGUAUUCGUUUAAGUCCAGCUGUGUUCACCGGGACUUUUGGUUCUGCAGCGAUGAGGAUCGAGUUUGCGCCUCUAAACGUACCUUUCAGACGCAGGGUACAGACCCUCGCCGUGCUCCAGUGGGUGUUUUCGUUCAUCGCGCUGGCACAGUGCUGUCUCGCUCUGUUCAUCCUUCUCUUUCUCAGUGAUCUCUGGUUCCUUGCUGCUCUCUAUGCUGUCUGGCUGUAUGUUGACAGGGACACUCCUGUGCGCGGUGGACGCCGGUCCUCGUGGGUGCGUGGCUGGAGGGUGUGGCGUCACUUCCAAGACUACUUCCCCCUCACGUUAGUGAAGACAGUGGAUUUGGAUCCCAAGCACAACUAUCUGUUUGGGCUCCAUCCUCACGGAGUGCUGGUGGCUGGAGCGUUUGGGAAUUUCUGCACAAAGGCGUCGGAAUUCGAAAAGCUGUUCCCCGGACUCACCCCCUACCUGCUCAUGCUGCCCUUCUGGUUUAGAGUGCCCUUCUAUCGAGACUACAUCAUGUGUGGAGGUCUGGUCUCCUCUGAUAAGCGCAGUGCCAGUUUCCUCCUGAGCCAGCCGGGGGGCGGUCAUGCAGCCGUGCUGGCUGUAGGGGGCGCCCCCGAGUCUCUGGAGGCUCGUCCCGGAGCGCUCACCCUGCAGCUGUUGAGCAGGAAGGGUUUCAUCAAGCUGGCCAUCAAACACGGGUCCCCGCUGGUCCCCGUCUUCUCUUUCGGGGAGAACGAGCUCUUCAAUCAGAUGCCGAACCCGCAGGGCUCAGUGCUGCGCGGCGCCCAGGAGAGGCUGCAGAAGCUCAUGGGCGUGGCACUGCCACUCUUCCACGCCAGGGGGGUGUUCCAGUACAGCUGGGGGCUUCUCUCUCUCUCUCUCUCUCUCUCCUCUGCAGUGGGUCGGCCAAUCCUGGUCUCUCGGGACCCCUGCCCGACCCGGGAGGAGGUGGACCGGGUGCACACGCUCUACCUGAACGGGCUGAACCAGCUCUUCGAGGAGAACAAGGAGAAAUACGGGAUCGAGAAGCACCGACACCUGAGCUUCAUCUGA